UUACUCUUGAGCGCAUGCGUACAGUUGACUAGGUCUACUUGCCUACCGAAGACAUUAAAGUAGGUGUUAAUGAGCAUUUGAAAGGUCUAAUUUGGUAAAGGUUUACUGAAAAUGUGUCACGUUUUUUAAGAAGUAACAUUGAGUUACUUAAGCAUUUCAAAUCGAUUAAAACUGAACAUCGCCUCUGCCAGAAAAAUGAAACUCCUGAGCGCAUGCGUAGAGUUUUCUCCAACAUGCAGCAAAACACCAUAAAACCAAAGAAACGGGGAAAUGCUACAAAUUGAAACAAUCUGCAAGAUGAAAAUAAACAAAUGCCAAAUAAAAAUGCUGCAAAUGCCAACAAAACAACUGCGUGAGAGAAAUGCUGCAGGGUUGAUGGAAAAGGAGGGGAUGCCAGAACUACACUACUCUAAGAAAGAAACCCAUUAGCGUGAACAAAGGCCGCGUUAAAGGCGGUAACGGCAGCUGGAACGUGACGACGAGCUGCGGCGCUCGAUGACAACAAACGUCUUUGAAAGAAAGGAGGAAAGCAAAGCGGCAGUUUGCACCUCAUCACUGCUGCAGACAGAAGAUUAGGGAACGGGGAUCAGCGGGGAUGCAAACGCCAACGAGCGUCGGCUUUGACGUGCAAACACUUGCGGCGCGAUGAGACGGCUCAUCGGAAUGUCCGCUCUCCCUGUCCCCGCACCAGAGAAACUGCGGCAGGUUGCGACAGGUAGAUGGAAACGCACACCUGAGGGUUAUUUUGCAAUCAGCCUGACGUUGUGUUUGUUGUUAAGUCAUCUUCUGCCGGUCUUAUAAAAGCCCAGCCUACCUGAGAGGGUCCAGACCGUCCACCAUGCAGACCAGCAGAGACCAGACCCCGGGCGACGUGUUCCAGAGAAGCACCACCAACUUGGCCAGGAUCGCCGUCAUCCUGCAGGCCGCGCCGGACAAAAUGCUCACCUUUGCAGAGUUGAUGGACAGGCUGGCGCCGCUCCUCCCCGGAGACAGGAAGUCCGUGGACAACAACAUCAGGGUUUGUUUGUCCAUCAACAACUGUUUUGUCAAGAUUCCAAUGGACCCCAACUCUGUGGACAGCAGGAGAAAUUUCUGGAAGCUGGACUUGGGUCAGAUCAGCGCUAAAAUGGUGCGCCGUCACUUUAAGAACCUCCUGGAUUUCUUCCCGGAGCUGGCCCCCAGGGUGGGGAACGCGGAGAAUGUCCCCCGGCCCCCCGAGAAGAGCCCCCGCGACUCGGUCCAGAUUUGCUGCAAAGUGAAGUUCAACAGCCCGUUCUCCAUCGAGUCCCUCCUGAAGCGGGAUAGCCCCGCCCCCGUGCGGCCCUACAGGAGGCGGGACCCCGAGGAGCGCUCCUUCACGGGGAGUCCAGCAGGGGGCAGCACCAGGAACUACUGGAGGAUGCCAGCCCAGCCGGUCUACCCCUUAGGCGGUCUGUACCUCGGCCACAGUCACCAUCCUUACGCCGCCUUCGCCCAUGAUGCCCGCCACUUCCGUUUGUGACCACGCCCCCCGCUUCCGUUUGUGACCACGCCUUUUUUUUUUUUUUUUUUUUUUUUUUUUUCCUCCAAGUCCAAGUUGCACUUUUCUAUCUUUCAUGUUGAAGAUGCAGGACGUAUUUUUGUGUAGAGAAGCAGACCUGCGCUAUUUUUGUAUUCAUCCUUGCAGGUAUUUUUGUGUUGAGAAGCGGACCUGCGCUAUUUUUGUAUUCAUCCUUGCAGGCUCCGCCCCUUUUUCCUUCCGGAUGGUUGUUGCCAAAAUAAAUGUUUCCUCCGUGUCCGCCAGCUCCUCAUUGACCAAGUCAACUAUUAACCCGAGGAACUUUAACUCCGUCUUAAGUCGCAACUUGGAACACACGAACAUUCCUCCUCCAGAUAUUUAGUCGCUGCUUUCAGAAAUAAAAUGUUUUAGAAAAGGAUUUCAGUGACAAUGUGUGUGAAACAGAUUUGUAUUUGGUUAUUAUCAAAUAUAUAUUUUAAUCUGGA